GCAAGCCAUGGCGACCUCAGAUCCAAUGGCCACUUCCAACCCUCCUCAGACCAGCCAAUCCACCAACGAUCCAAAUGACGAAACACCGACCCAUCUCAGCAGCAUUCCCGAUCCAGGUCCGCAUAUUAACGGCCACCUCGUUGCAACGGGCAUAUGGAGCGAUGGUAAGAGGAAGAUGUAUGUCCAUGCUUCAGGAAAAAGCACCAUGAACCACGCUUGCAUUUCCUACUAUCCAUGCCGAAAUGCCGCGGUGGUUCGUAGGAACGGCGACGACAGAUCACCUUCAACCUGCGAACAGGAGCACGGUUGGGUUAGAAACGUACAUGUUCUCAACCAGAUCUGUACUGGGACAGGCGUCACCAUCAAGCCAACGCAGGCACAGACGUUCGAUCAUUGGCGAGGCGAGGUGCUAGACCAGUUGCGCAACAAUCCUGGAUUCACUGAUUACCUCUCUCUCUUAUCAUGGACGGGCUGGGAGGCGGUGGACGGGGAUUACAGGCUGUAUUUCAUGACCCAUGAGAGGUCGGCGGUCAAUGGGAACUGGAACAUGUGUGUUGGUCGGGACAGGAAUAAUCCUAGGAUCUUCAAGCUGGACAGGAUGGCGAAGCAGGCGAAGUUGUGA